GCAAAAUCAUCUUCGACAUCCGCGAUACUAACCACCCACUCCCCAGCACACCUGUCGUCAAUACCGCAAUCAUGGGUAAAGGAAAGCCAAGAGGUCUCAACGCCGCCCGCAAGCUCCGCAACCAUCGCCGCGAGGGACGAUGGGCCGAUCUCCACUACAAGAAGCGUCUCCUCGGAACCGCAUACAAGUCCUCCCCCUUCGGUGGAUCUUCCCACGCCAAGGGCAUAGUCCUCGAGAAGGUCGGUGUUGAGGCCAAGCAGCCCAACUCCGCUAUCCGAAAGUGUGUCCGUGUCCAGUUGAUCAAGAACGGAAAGAAGGUCACCGCUUUCGUCCCCAAUGACGGUUGCUUGAACUUCGUGGACGAGAACGACGAAGUCCUUCUCGCUGGUUUCGGUCGUAAGGGCAAGGCCAAGGGUGAUAUUCCCGGUGUCCGUUUCAAGGUCGUCAAGGUUUCCGGUGUCGGUCUUUCCGCACUGUGGAAGGAGAAGAAGGAGAAGCCCAGAUCAUAGAGUACUCAUAACGCAAAGGAGUCUAGGGAAGGAAAUGAACGUGGACCAGAAACCUACCAUGAACGAAUGAUGGAAUCCGCGGAUCAAUGGGAAGGGUUACCGGAGUCUUUAUAUUGGGAAUCUGUGCUUCUACUCGGCAUAUGAAAAGUCAUGAUAUGCUGGAGGGUUAGAUAGAGUAUCUGACUCGUUCAAGCGCCCAA